AUGGCGUUCAAGCGUUACCAUAAAGGCUCGGCAGAACAUGGCCCGCCCAAAAUAGAAACCCCGUCGGCGGCGGCCAUUGCCGCCGAGCAACAGAAGAUCACGGCGCUCGCCAUAUUCCUCGGCGCGGUUGCCAGUAUUGGCGGUUUCAUGUUCGGAUAUGUCAGUGGUCAAAUUUCGGGCUUUUUCGAUAUGGAGGACUAUGGCAUCCGCUUCGGCGAGCACAACCCCGUCACUGGAGCGUACGAUUUCAGCGCACCUCGCCAGGGUGCCAUUGUCGGUCUCCUCCCAGCCGGUUGUCUCUUUGGUUCUCUGAUUGCCGGGAACAUUGCGGACUCUCUAGGUCGCCGCAUGGCCAUCUCUGUGUCUGCGCUGUUCUGCUGUGUUGGCAACAUCAUCGAAAUCUCAUCCCAGUCCUCGUGGGCCCAAUUCGCAGUUGGCCGCUUGGUUACCGGUCUCGGCAUUGGUUCACUCUCGGUCGCCGUUCCCAUGUACCAGUCUGAGUCGAGUCCCGCCAUCCUCCGCGGCGUCCUGAUUUCCACUUACCAGCUCUUCAUCACUUUGGGCAUCUGGACCGCCGAGAUGAUCAACUAUGGAACCCACAACAUGUCGGGCUCUGCGUCGUGGCGCAUCCCCAACGGCCUGUCUUUCCUAUGGUCCUUGAUCCUUGGCGCCGGUAUCCUUCUUCUUCCCGAGUCUCCCCGCUACGCUUACCGCAAAGGCCGUGAGGACGAGGCUCGCCAGACCAUCGCCCGCCUAGCUGGUCUCGAUUCCAACUCGCCAUCGGUCAACCAACAAAUCGACGACAUUCGCCAGAAGCUUGAUGAAGAACAGGCCGGCGCAACGACGAGCUGGUACGAAAUCUUCACGGGCCCUCGCAUGCUGUAUCGGACUCUGCUGGGUAUUACGCUUCAGGCCGGUCAACAACUCACGGGCGCCAACUUCUUUUUCUACUACGGAACCACCAUUUUUAGGGCCACUGGCCUUAGCGACAGCUAUGUGACCCAGAUUAUACUCGGGUCCGUGAACGUCUUCUGCACAUUUGGUGGACUGUACGUUGUCAAGAAGUGUGGCCGGCGGAACGCGCUCAUGGCUGGUGCUCUCUGGAUGAUGGUUUGCUUCUUGGUCUAUUCCUUUGUCGGACACUUUAAGCUCGACCCUGUGAACCCCGCCAACACGCCCGCGGCCGGGAACGUCCUCAUUGUUUUCUCCUGCCUAUUCAUCGUCGCCUUCGCCACCACUUGGGGUCCUCUAGUCUGGGCUGUCGUCGCCGAGCUUUACCCCGCCAAGUACCGCGCCCCAGCAAUGGCACUUGCCACUGCGAGCAACUGGUUGUGGAACUUCCUGAUGAGCUUCUUUACCCGCUUCAUCACGGAUUCUAUUGGCUACCUCUACGGGUUGGUCUUUGCGGGUUGUUGUGCGGUGCUUGUCCUGGUUGUGUUUUUCUUUCUCAUUGAAAGCAAGGACCGCAGCCUGGAGGAGAUCGACACGAUGUACUUGCUACAUGUGGGCCCGAUUCGGAGCAGCAAGUGGGAGGAUGGGGAGAUGUCGAACAGCGCUGGGUCUAGUGAACUUCAAUCACGGCAGCAGUCACCAAACGGCAAGGGACAGAUCCGCAAUCCUUGA